GCUCAGUGCGUCUCUUCCUCAAACAGCACAUAUCAGGACGCACUCACCUGACGCUCAUUUGCACAAACACACGCAGGUGUGUGAAGCAGAAGUAUCCCGGACCUGAGGCAGAGAACGGGGAAGCAUGGAAGAGUCUGGAGGACUUCACUCAGAUUCUGAACAAAACACCGAGGACAAUCAAGCACGUCGUCAAAAACAAUCAAAGAGUCUGUCUCGCUGCCCUGACUGCUACAACCACAAGGCACACUUCAAGUCUCGGUGGGGGGGCGAGAGUGAGUCCAGCUCAUCUGACGAAGACUUUGGAUCAGAGGUUAAGUCUGACUCAGAAGCCGAGUCCAGUUCCAGCAGCAGUUGCUUUACUGGGAACGUGGUAGAAGAGACACCAGUGAGGCCUGUGUGUGAAGACACUGAACCUGAUUCUGGAGGGCAGGAUGGUGACAGGCGAGCGGAGACAUCCGAGACUCCAGUGGAUAAGGUGAAGAUGAAGGGGAUGCUCAAAAGACCUCAGCUAACCAAGUCUGUCAGUCUCCUGCCACACCCUCGCCAAGUCACCUCCACCCUUCACCUCCAGGUGCUGCCCCAAAAACACAAGAAUGACACCACCUACACCAUCUGCCGACCAGAGAGAGGGGGAACCUCAGGAAGAAGAGACAAUACCCCUCCCUCUGUACCAUUCCCAUGGCCGCGGCAGCCACCACAUCUUCACCCUGACUAUAUCCCUCCUCUGGUACCUCUAAGGUUACCUCCACCUCUGCACACGUUUCCUAUGUUAUAUGCACCUCUUCAGGCUCCAAAUGCAUCCUACACACAUCUGCAAACACUUACUGCACAACCAUGCCAGUGUUAUUACUGUAUGUACUUUCCUCACACACACUGGAGUCAUUACAGCAGCACACAGCUGCCCUGGUAAUAAAGUGCCCUGCAGUGUUGUAUACAGCCCUUAAGCAUGUGAAA